AUGGAGAGAGAAAAUUCCACAUCUGGAGGAGGCUUCAUCCUGGUGGGCUUCUCAGAUCAGCCAGGGCUAGAGAGGAUCUUGUUUGUGUUCCUCUUGAUAAUCUACCUUCUAACACUCAUGGGCAAUGGAACCAUCAUUCUGGUCUCACGCCUGGACCCCCAUCUCCACACCCCCAUGUAUUUCUUCCUCACUCAUCUCUCUUUUAUUGACCUCACUCAUGUAACUUGUAUCAGCCCUCAGAUGUUGGUCAAUCUUGGGGGGCCAGAAAAAUCCAUAAGUUUUGCUGGAUGUGUGGUCCAGCUGCUCAUCACAUUUGGUCUGGGGGGCACUGAGUGUGUCCUUCUGGCCAUGAUGGCCUAUGAUCGCUAUGUUGCUAUCUGCCAGCCCUUGCAUUAUUUCACCCUCAUGUCUCCACAGCUGUGCUGGGCACUGGCCAGCAUAUCCUGGUUUCUUGGUUUCAGCAACUCAUUGAUCCACACCCCUAUCACCAUGACCCUUCCCAGAUGUGGGCACCACCGGAUAAACCAUUUCUACUGUGAGACACCCCAAAUGAUGCAGUUGGCCUGUGUGGACACCACAAAUUACAAGAAGGAAUUUAUGAUACUAAGUAGCAUCUUCCUUGUUUUUCCUCUCUCACUGAUCUUGGUCUCUUAUGGGUGUAUUGCCCAUAGUGUGUUGAGGAUACAGAUACCUGGCAGGAGACAGAAGGCAUUUGGGACAUGUGGCUCUCAUCUCACAGUGGUGUCCAUCUUCUACAGCACUAUCAUCUAUGUGUAUGUAGCUCCAAAGCCUAAGCACUCUCCUGAUGUGACCAAGUUUGUGGCACUGCUAUAUAAUCUGAUUCCUCCUUUGAUGAAUCCCAUAAUCUACACUCUGAGAAACAGAGAGGUCAAGGAAGCAAUAAGAAAGCUGGUAAUACAGAAACAGAAAAGAAAGAACAUACAUUUUUCCUAG